CCUAGCGGGUCGUGUGUCUAGGGUAUAAAACCGAUAAAAACCCUAAACUGACAGUGACGUUUUACGGAUACACCCUAACUAGUCCCGUGAGCAAUAGAGAGGGAGCGCUUCGAAGUAGAGCGUCAAUUAUCCGUAGAGUGUAAUUCGGGCGUACGGCGGGUGCGAGUGGGUGUGUUACUUGUUGUUUUUCUUUCAAUUAUGAGUUGCGGUUUCGUCACCUGUGGCCCCAACGAGGCCCUUGUAGUGUCAGGAUGCUGCUACGGCAAGCCGUUACUAGUGCCAGGAGGCCGGGUGUUUGUAUGGCCGAUUGUACAGCAAGUGCAAAAAAUCUCGUUGAAUACUAUGACACUACAAGUAGAAAGUCCUACUGUGUAUACAUGUCAAGGAGUACCUAUAUCAGUGACAGGUAUCGCACAGGUAAAAAUACAAGGUCAGAACGAGGAAAUGCUGUCUACGGCAUGCGAGCAGUUCCUGGGAAAGUCGGAAGAGGAAAUACAUAACAUUGCAUUAGUUACGUUAGAGGGUCAUCAACGUGCUAUAAUGGGCAGCAUGACUGUGGAGGAAAUUUACAAAGACCGAAAGAAGUUUAGCAAAGAAGUGUUCGAGGUUGCCAGCAGCGAUCUGGUCAAUAUGGGCAUUACCGUGGUAUCGUACACGUUAAAAGACAUCAGGGAUGAGGAAGGGGCAAAGGGCUACCUAAAAGCUCUGGGAAUGGCGCGAACAGCAGAAGUCAAAAGGGACGCCAGAAUCGGUGAAGCCGAAGCCAGAAGAGAUGCCCAGAUUCGAGAAGCCAUUGCCGAGGAACAACGGAUGGCUGCUCGUUUCCUGAACGACACAGAAAUCGCAAAAGCUCAGCGAGACUUCGAGCUGAAGAAAGCUGCCUACGAUGUAGAAGUCCAGACUAAGAAAGCUGAGGCAGAAAUGGCUUACGAACUACAAGCUGCUAAAACCAAGCAGAGAAUCAUGGAGGAGCACAUGGAAGUUAAGGUGGUAGAGCGCAGUCAAGAAAUUGCUGUACAAGAGCAAGAGAUGCUCCGACGUGAGAGAGAAUUGGACGCUACGGUUCGACGUCCUGCCGAUGCCGAAAAGUACAGGUUAGAGAAGAUAGCCGAGGCCAAUAAACUGCGAAUGGUGUUAGAAGCCGAGGCCGAAGCGGAAGCUAUAAAGAUCCGCGGAGAUGCGGAGGCACACGCGAUAGGAGAAAAAGCCAAGGCGGAAGCUGCGCAAAUGGCGAAGAAGGCCGCUGCUUGGAACGAGUACAAGAGCGCCGCUAUGAUAGAUAUGAUGCUAGAGACGUUACCCAAGGUCGCAGCCGAGGUGGCCGCUCCGUUGUCGCAGGCGAAGAAAAUCACGAUGGUGUCAAGUGGUGACGGCUCCAUCGGGGCAGAGAAGUUAACAGAAGAGGUUCUUCAUAUAGUGACUAAAGUGCCGGAACUUGUUAAAACCUUGACGGGUGUCGACGUCAUUAAGUCGGUCCACGCAGCGUAAGGGAGCAGUGCAAGAAUUCCAGUUCUAAACAAUUAAAAACUACAAAUUGUAUAAACUUCUAAAGCGUCUCAUGUACGUACGUACACGGAUGUAAGAUACAUGCCUACGUACGCGAGAUGUAUAUACUGCAGGUAUUUAGUGCAUACUGCGAACUGAUCGUCAUGUGGUAGUUUAAUUUGAGUUCAGUCAUUUUCUCGGCGCGAGAUAAUUGCGACGCAGUUAUUGCCGACACCCUUGCACACCAGAAUGCCAGAACGUAACUUUAACGUGUCACUGUUUUCCGUGUUGAUGAAACGAGUUAUGACCAUCUGUUACGCUCUUACAAGAACUUCUCAAUGUGUUUGUAACCUACCGAUUUAACCGUCACCGCUUUGUCGCGAUGUUCGAACGAUAGAUGUUGAUUGGCGGACAUGAAAUGUCUUGUCAUAGCACAGAGUUUUCUCGAAACUCUACGAAGUGGUAUAUAGUUAGGUACAAUUAAUAUAACGCUCCAUAAAGUACUAUUUUCAAUUUACGAGAAUGCGGUUCUAGGAUACGACGAGAAAGUGGCGAUCGUUGCUUGCGAGGUAAUAUAUAGUGACGGUCAAAUUACACACCUUCGAUGCAAUUAGGAUUCGUUAGUUUUUAUAAUGUUGCUUUUUGUACGUUUCUUGAGUCUCGUCUUUACAAUGUCCCGCACACCGGGAGUGCGGCGCGGAUUUCUCGGUAGAUCGUGUUACUUUUGUACCACCGUGUCGUAAAUUCGUUCGCAAUGCUCUUCGUUAGUCAUAGUUCCUAAUAUUAAUUUUACUCCGAAAGCGCGCAACAAAAAGAAAAAAAAUAAGGGUCAAUCCUUUUCGCGUGGGCCAAUGAAAAAUAGUUGUUAAAAUCGAUUCGAUAGCCGGUCUCGUCUCCGCGUGCGUUACUUUAUGCCAAUAUGUGCCGAAUAUCUUUACUCCGAGUACUGUACUACACAUUGUACCUUCCUGACUGUACGGUGUAACAAAUUCUCUAUAUACGAUUAGCACCAAUUCUCCCGGUUCGUUUAGCUAGACGCUAAAAAAAAAAAACCUCUAGUCUCCAAAUCUCCAUCAACCGUGACGCACCUUUGGGCAAGCAUUUCUUUAUAUAUUUUGUAUUCAACAAAAUAAACCAAUGUAUUUUCUCCUUUAAUUCAA